AUGCUUCGCCGACACGCCGCCGUCGUCGUUCUCAUCGUCGUCGUCGCCGUCGUGACGACGGCGUUCGGCCAGUGUCGCGACACGCAUCCCAACUGCGAGUUCUUCAAAUCGCUCGAUUUGUGCGCCAACGCCGCCCAACAGCCGAUCAUGAAGUACAAUUGCGCGGCGUCGUGCGGCUUCUGCGGACGAUUCGUCGGCACGUGCGAGGAUCGCCUUCAGGAUUGCGCCGGCUACAAGCGCAACGGCCUGUGCACCGCCGAUGACACGCUGCGCGUCGAGUACGGCUGCGCGAAGACGUGCGACAAGCGGCGAUUUUUAGCAGCACCUGAUCGUCGCGCGAUUUUCACCUGCCUGCGCUCUGCUCAUGGUUCGUUGCUCACCAAACGGACCACCGAAAACCAAUGA